AUGUCAGAUCCUCAAUCCAUUUCUCAAUGGAAACAUCGAAGAAGCACUACAUUACCGAAGUCAAAUGAGAUUUAUUAUAUCACACAAUAUUCUUAUCAUAUUUCGCCACAAUUAGAAUAUCCAGACAUUGAUAAUCAAAUGAAACAAAAUCAGUUAGCAAUUGUUCAAGUAUAUGGUGAUGGUUGUGGCUUGUUUGAGUCUAUCGGGGAACAAAUUUUUUCUAACCCCAACCAGCUUCGACUCCAAGUGGUAGACUAUAUUAAACAGAAUGCAUCAAGAUUUUCAAAGUUUACAAGUGACAAUCUGGCGACAUACAUUGAAAAAAUAAAUCAAAACAAACUUGGCGAUUAUGGCUGUAUUGUGGCUUUAGCAGAAUUGUGUAAUAUUACGAUUAUUGUACACGAACACAAGAAAAGACCAAUGUACAUACAACCAAGUAGUGGUAAUAAUCACCCACAAGUUCAUAUUGUAUAUUAUUUGGAUCAAUCUCAUUAUGAUAUUGUUACAUCAUUAAAUGGCGAAAAACUGCACAUCACUAAAGAAGAAUGCCGCUAG